GUGCGUUCAGAGGAGGAUUACUGUUCACCGGCGGCGGAGCGACUCGCGUCUCUUAACUUUUACGCCACCUCUCUGAAGACUGAAAGAGACAGAAUCCGGAUCUUUAAGUCCCCUUCUGCAGCCCGACAUGGACGUUUCCGUGGACACCUGUGGACAGCGCGGAGUCAAGUGUUUGCUGUUGCUGCACCUCUUUGUCCUGAAGGCAGCAGCUGACUGUCCUAAACCACAGGGAGGGGAAAAUACUGUCUUAACCAACGACGCACUUCUAAUGAACAAUUUUCUGGAGGGUUCUGACGUCACGCUGGAGUGUACCAAUGGGUAUACUAAAGACAGUGGCUCUGGGGUCAUAACCUGUGUUGAUGACAAGUGGACUGAACCAGACCUCAUCUGCAAAAGGAAGGACUGCGGUCGCCCUAAUCCUCAGCCGCAUAUGAGCUUUAACAUCAGCGCCGGUACCCUGUUUGGUGAUUCAAUAAAAGUAAUUUGUGCUAAAGGUUACCGGAUCGCUGGAGUAAGCUACAAACGGUGCUUUGCGACAGGGUGGAGUGGAAGAUCCACGUGUGAAAUUGUAACAUGCGACAUACCUGGGAAAGUGACCAAUGGCAGAAGCACAUGGGAUUCUCAAGAUGAACCAAAAUAUGGAGAAACCAUACAGUACAUCUGUGACGAUGGAUACACCCUUAUUGGGAAAGAUACCAUUAUGUGCAGCGAAACUGGUUUAUACGACUCUCAGCCUCCUGAAUGCAAAGGUGUGAUUACAGAAGCUACAUUUACAACAAACAUGAUAUCAUCAACAUCGAUAUCAUCAACAUUGACACCUCCAGCACAAGAAGUGUACACCUUUACAGAUCCAUCUGCCACAUCUACAGCUCACAGAGAUACAUCUCUAGCAUCCAGUUCAACACCAACUGUUUCACCUUCACUUCAAGGUGGCAGAGAAAUUUUGACAGCUGAGGGUGAAGCUGCUACAACCAGUGUAGCAUCGGUGACGUCUCCAUUUCAAGACAUGCAUGAUGGGACUGUAGAUACUAACAAGGAUACUGGAUAUUUGCCAGUUAUAGUCAGUGUGAUAUGCGUGUCAUUAGCUGUGUGUAUAUCUGCUCUGAUUUUACACAUGUUUCUUCUGAAGAGAAAGGGCUCAUAUGACACCAGAGAAGACCUGAAGCCGGAGUUAUUACAGUUCCAAAAUCUUUAGAUUGCCUGCCUGACCGAGGUACCUUUCAAUUCAUUUGUAUUUACUGUUAUUGAUUAAGUGCUGUAGAGUGCCCCAGAAUUGAGUCCUAAAACAUGGAAAUGAGUUAGCAUAUUUUCACUUCUGGCUGCCUAUAUGCCUAAAAUAAGGACUGGUUAACACAAGCUUAAGAGACUUCCAUGUUUUGUUCUAAGACAUAAAAUACAUCAGUAAAUACACCACUUCUGAAUUUUGAGGCUUUUGUGUGUCUUUUAAAAGGUGGUUGCUAACAAGUGACGAAAUAGACUGCAGAAUGUCAUCACGCCAGACACAGCUUUAAAGCCUUGUUGUGGUGGCGAGAUUAAGUCAUGUGACUGUUUAUAGCCCAACUUUAGCUUUAUUAUUGGAAUUAGCAUAACUUCUGUUUAUCCUUCCAAAAUCAUUGAUGUGGUGUUCAUUUGUGAAGAUUAUGUUGCUGAACAAAAUAUGUAAGUAUCUUAAAUGUUUAUUUGCCACAGAUCUUAUUUUCUGCAACAAUCCAAAAUCCAUUGGAAAAAUCCUGUUGGCUUUUCAAUAAGGGCAUCAGGAUGAUGCUAACUUCCACAUGGGCCUACAGAAAAACGUUAUCCCUGGAGCACUCUAUAGCCUUAAAACAACCAAAAUAUUCUAAAACCAUUUUGAUGAAUGGUUUUCUUGUUUUCUUGCUAACAUUCAGUUUUAAGUUGGAAAAUGGACUAAUUAGAGCACAUGAAACCCAAAAAAAGCUUGAAUGAUAUGCCGUUUUCAUUUUUUUGCACCCCUGUGUGAAUGAAGCUCAAACUAAACAGUUCUCUGUUUAUUUCUCGUCAA